AUGAUGGAGAAGUCAAAGGUGGAAGAGGAAGCGGAGGACUUCUUCCACCUGAACCGCCCGGCACAUGCACAUGGAGCCGUGACUGGCAACACACACGAGCCCUCCUCGAACGCUCAGGCAAAAGAGGCACGCCUUGCGCGCGAAGCCAUCGAGGAACAUGAAAAGGUCGAGGGAAAGGCAGAGACGGACAGACAUGCCCGGGCCAAAGGGAGUUCGGAUGAGGAUGACUAUGCGCCCAGAGAGUUUGCCACUCUGCAGCGAGAGAUCAGUGGGAUAAGCCAAGCUCAGAGGCAGUUGUCCCGGACGCAGAGUCGGAAGAGCGGCUUGAAAAUUGGGGUCACGGAUCUGGAGAAAGCCGUGUCACCAGCGACGAGCGAGGACGACGAGCCUUUCGACUUGGAAGACACGCUUCGUGGGAACAAGCGGCUGGAAGAAGAGACCGGAAUCAAGCACAAGCAGAUUGGUGUCAUCUGGGACAAGUUGACUGUAAAAGGAAUGGGAGGAGCUAAGAUCUACGUCCCGACCUUCCCCGAUGCUUUUACUGGAUUCUUUGGCUUUCCCAUCCGAUUCGCGAUGGGCCUGUUUGGAUUGGGUAAGAAGGGCGAGGAAGUCAACAUCCUGUCCAACUUUUAUGGCGUCGUGAAGCCCGGCGAGAUGGUGUUGAUCCUCGGCAGGCCAGGCUCUGGCUGCACGACUUUCCUCAAAGUGAUUGCGAAUCAGCGGUUUGGAUAUACAGAUAUCGGGGGAGAAGUCCUUUACGGUCCAUUCACUGCGAAAGAAUUCGAGAAGCGCUAUCGUGGCGAAGCAGUCUACUGUCAAGAAGACGAUACGCAUCACCCCUCGCUCACGGUUGGUCAGACCCUUAGCUUCGCAUUGGAGACGAAAGUCCCCGGAAAGCGACCUGCUGGUCUGAGUGUGGGUGAGUUCAAGGACAAGGUCAUCGACAUGUUGCUUCGAAUGUUCAAUAUUGAGCACACCAAGAACACCAUUGUAGGAGAUCCCUUUGUGCGAGGUAUCUCCGGAGGUGAGCGAAAGCGCGUUUCCAUCGCGGAGAUGAUGAUCACUGGCGGAGCGGUUUGCAGUCACGAUAACAGUACACGUGGAUUGGAUGCAUCGACAGCAUUGGACUACGCCAAAUCUCUGCGUGUCACCACUAACAUCUACCAUACCACGACCUUCGUCUCGCUCUACCAGGCUUCGGAGAACAUCUACUCGCAAUUCGACAAGGUCAUGGUGAUCGACGAAGGACGACAGGUCUUCUUUGGCCCGGCUCAAGAGGCGCGAUCUUAUUUCGAAAGUCUCGGCUUUCUUCCAAAACCUCGACAGACGACGCCUGAUUACUUGACUGGAUGCACUGAUGCCUUCGAACGAGAAUAUCAGGAAGGUCGAGACAGCUCAAAUGUGCCUUCCACUCCUGAUGCUCUUGUUGAGGCAUUCGAGAAGUCGCAAUACGCAACUCAACUGCGUGAUGAGAUGGCGAAAUGGCAACUCACAGUCAAGGAAGAGCAACAUGUUUACGAAGACUUCAAGACUGCAGUUCUGCAAGGCAAGCGCCAUGCGCCUCAGAAGAGCGUUUACAGCAUUCCUUUCCAUCUCCAGGUCUGGGCUUUAAUGAAGCGGCAGUUCAUCCUUAAGUGGCAGGAUCGCUUCUCGCUAGUCGUAUCUUGGAUCACCUCCAUCGUCAUCGCUAUCGUCGUUGGUACCGUCUGGCUGCAGGUUCCCAAGACUUCCGCUGGUGCCUUCACUCGUGGCGGUGUACUCUUUAUCGCAUUACUCUUCAACUGCUUCCAGGCUUUCGGCGAACUGGCAUCGACCAUGCUUGGCAGACCAAUCGUCAACAAACACCGGGCUUACACUUUUCAUCGCCCAAGCGCGCUAUGGGUUGGCCAAAUCUGUGUCGAUUUGGCUUUUGCAUCUGUGCAGAUUCUGGUUUUCUCAAUUAUGGUAUACUUCAUGUGUGGUCUGGUCUACGACGCAGGAGCAUUCUUCACCUUCUUCUUGGUUAUCAUAACGGGAUACUUGGCCAUGACGCUGUUCUUCAGAACGGUGGGAUGCCUAUGUCCUGACUUCGACAGCGCCAUAAAGUUUGCCGCAACGAUCAUCACACUGUUCGUGCUGACUUCUGGGUACCUGAUUCAGUAUCAGUCACAGCAAGUUUGGUUACGAUGGAUCUUUUACAUCAAUGCACUGGGUCUGGGAUUCUCAGCGAUGAUGGCAAACGAGUUCUCAAGGCUUGAAUUGCAAUGCGAGGGAAACUACUUGAUUCCCUCUGGACCUGGCUAUGGAGACAUUGAGCACCAGACAUGUACCCUUGCUGGCAGUACUGGCGGCAGCGCGACAGUCUCAGGAUCCGCCUACAUUGAAACUGCAUUCAAAUAUGCUCCGAGCGAUCUCUGGAGGAACUGGGCAAUCAUAGUAGUUCUUGUCACAGUGUUCCUAGUCGCCAAUGUGUUCUUGGGAGAAUACAUUAAGUGGGGCGCAGGAGGCAAGACUGUCACAUUCUUUGCGAAGGAGGAUGGCGAGCGGAAGAGGUUGAAUGCUGCACUCCAGGAGAAGAAGAAGAACAGGACCCGCCGCAAGGAGGACACUGCACAGGGCUCAGAGCUUUCGAUUGCUUCGAAGGCAGUUUUGACAUGGGAAAACAUCUGCUAUGAUGUUCCUGUGCCAAAUGGCCAGCUUCGAUUGCUGAAGAACAUCUACGGAUAUGUCAAGCCUGGUGAACUCACGGCUCUUAUGGGAGCGUCCGGUGCGGGCAAGACUACUCUCCUCGACGUGCUGGCGUCCCGAAAGAACAUCGGAGUGAUUACUGGAGACAAACUCAUCGAUGGCAAGCCUCCUGGCACGGCCUUCCAGCGUGGCACGAGUUAUGCCGAGCAGCUUGAUGUGCAUGAAGGCACACAGACAGUGCGUGAGGCGCUGCGCUUCUCUGCAGAUCUCAGGCAGCCGUACGAAACUCCAAGGGAAGAGAAGUAUGCAUAUGUCGAGGAGAUCAUUGCGCUCCUGGAAAUGGAGGAUAUCGCCGAUGCCAUUAUCGGAAGCCCCGAAGCUGGCUUGGCAGUUGAGCAGCGCAAGAGAGUAACCAUUGGCGUAGAGCUUGCUGCUAAGCCUGAGCUGCUACUUUUCCUCGACGAACCUACUUCUGGUCUGGAUUCGCAGAGUGCUUUCAACAUCGUCCGAUUCUUGAAGAAGCUUGCCGCGGCUGGCCAGGCCAUCUUGUGCACAAUCCACCAGCCCAACGCCAGUCUUUUCGAGAACUUUGAUCGUCUGCUCCUGCUUCAGCGUGGCGGCGAGACAGUAUAUUUCGGCGAUAUUGGAAAAGAUGCGAUAGUUCUGAGAGGAUACUUCUCUAAGUAUGGCGCUGUCUGUCCACCAAAUGCCAACCCAGCAGAGUGGAUGCUGGACGCUAUUGGAGCUGGUCAAGCUGCCCGAAUAGGUGACAAGGACUGGGGGGAGAUCUGGCAAGAAUCCGAAGAGCUGGCUGCUACGAAAGCGGAAAUCAAUCAUAUCAAGGAGGAGCGCAUCAAAGAAGUCGGGUCCCUUCCACCAGUUGAACAGAAGGAGUUCGCUACGCCACUGUGGCAUCAGAUCAAGCUUGUGUCGACUCGGACCAACAAGGCCUUCUGGAGAUCACCGAAUUACGGGUUCACGCGGUUGUUCAAUCACGCCAUUAUUGCCUUGCUCAGUGGUCUCAUGUUCUUGAAUCUGGACGAUUCUCGCACUUCACUACAAUACCGUGUCUUCAUCAUCUUCCAGGUCACAGUUCUGCCAGCCUUGAUCUUGGCACAAGUUGAGCCGAAGUAUGAUCUCAGCCGUCUGAUCUACUACCGUGAAGCUGCCAGCAAGACAUACAAGCAGUUUCCGUUCGCACUCAGUAUGGUCAUUGCAGAGAUACCUUACAGCAUCCUUUGCGCCGUCUGCUUCUUCCUGCCGCUGUACUAUUGCCCGGGCUUCAAUUCAGCUCCCAAUCGGGCUGGGUACAGCUUCCUCAUGAUCUUGAUCACAGAGCUCUUCUCCGUCACUCUUGGGCAGAUGAUAUCUGCUUUGACCCCGAGCACCUUCAUCGCUGUCCUAUUGAAUCCAUUCAUGAUCAUCGUCUUCGCCCUGUUCUGUGGCGUCACGAUCCCCAAGUCACAAAUUCCCAAAUUCUGGCGUGUUUGGCUGCACGAGCUUGAUCCAUUGACACGCCUCAUUUCUGGGUUGGUGUCCAACGAGCUCCACGGCCAGGGCGUCGUAUGUACUGACGUCGAGCUCAACCGUUUCACAGCGCCAGCUGGCCAGACGUGCGGCGAAUACAUGGCUGACUUCUUCAACGCUGGUGGUGCAGGAUACAUCCUCAACAACCAAACUUCGGAUUGCUCGUACUGUGCUUACCGCGUCGGCGACCAGUUCUACACACAUCUCGGAAUCUCAUUUGCGACGCGGUGGCGAGAUCUUGGCAUCAUGGUUGCAUUCAUCGGCAGUAAUUUGGUCUUGUUAUUCAUUGGCAGUAGAUACCUUAACUUCAAUCGAAGGUAG